GGAAUGUCAAGUUCAGAGCUGGAGGGAUUAUUGCUUGGGGCUGAAGCUGACAAUGCUGGGAUCUGAUAGAAAAAGCAAAUGAAGUGCGGGGAUAGGAGAAAUGACAUAUUGGGAGCUGAGUGAGGAAGGGAACAAGCCGGUCAAAUCUCAGGGAAUUCAUGGCCACUGUCCGAUCUCCAGGCCCUCGGACGAGAAUCCCUCGCAUCAUCCCGGGCGGAAAGUGCGGCGACUUCGAGACCAUUCCACCAAAACCCCCUCCAACCUCGACAUCCUGGAGCAUCAUAAGCGGGAGGUCCUGAAAAGGCUUGAAAUGUCCCCGUGGGAAGAGAGCUGAAAGGCAGACGUUUACUUAACGGAGCCUCUACACGGCGGACAGCGAAGUUGAGGACGACCGGACGAGGUGGAGGAAGGAUAUUAAGCAGGAGAAGCCGUGCUCCACGUCGGGGAUGGAGGAUAAAGCGGAAACACAGAAACCACUUAACAUGUUCUUUGAAAGUGUCAAGUCGGAGCUCAGGAACGGAUCCUCCGAAUAUUCCGAUAUUUCUGAUUCCGAGGGAUCCGAAGACAAUUGCACUAACCAGCAGAAACACUUCUCCAAGGAAUCGGAAAGCUCAGGUGAUGAUGAUGAUGAUGAUGAGGAGCAACAGGAACCCAUUCGUAACCUUAAAGAGGAACACAGUGGGAGAAGAUUGCCCUGUGAUCCUAAUUUCCAAUGGUCUGAUGACGAUUCUCCCCAGAAAAGUGAAUGUCCUACCUCGACCAGCAUGGAGCAAGAAGCUGUACAAGGAACGCUCUCCAUGUCUGCAUUGCACUACCCCACCGCAAAGAGCACAGACUGCAAGACUAGGGGGGUUACCCCCAACUGCACAUCAACGUCUCCCAGGGAAACAGUGAGGAGCAUCUGGAUUCCCACAGCCCGAAAGCAGCAAGUGGUAAGAAUUCUGGUUGCUAGGGUCUAAAUUGCCCUAGUAACCAUGCAUCAAUUUGAAUAAGAGACUGGAAUAUGAAUAGGAGAGGCCUGA